AUGUCAGAAACAAAGCCAGAUCCACAAAAAAUCCCUCAAAACCAACCUUCCAAUACCAAAUUAACCAAUAAGCAAAAUAGAAAUGCCGAUACGAAACGUAAACUAUAUCGAGAAACAAUGGAAAAUGUCCGUAAACAAGUUCGUAUAGAAUCACCAACACCACCACCUCAACAACAAUCCGAUUCUAUAGCGUCUACUAAUGAACUGACUCCAGAUUUGAUGGAAUUACCCCGCAAGAGGUUCUAUCGUCAGCGUGCCCAUUCAAAUCCAUUUUCUGAUCAUCGAUUAGAUUAUCCUACAUCACCCUCCACAAUGGACUGGUCAACCAUCUACCCAGGUACAUCACUCGCCCACAACCGAAAAGUAGAAAUUGCCGAUAUUGGAUGUGGAUUCGGCGGAUUAAUGAUUGAUUUAGGUCCACAAUUCCCCGAUUCAUUAAUCCUUGGAAUGGAAAUCCGAGUUCAAGUGACACAAUAUGUUGAAGAUCGUAUCAUGGCAUUACGUAAACUCCAUGAAUCAGAUCCUGGGUACAAAUACGAUAACAUUGGCGUCAUACGAGGCAAUGCUAUGAAAUUCUUACCUAAUUUCUUCCACAAAUCUCAAUUAUCGAAGAUGUUUUUCUGUUUUCCCGAUCCUCAUUUCAAGCAACGUAAACAUAAAGCUAGAAUUAUAACUAAUACGUUGUUGAGUGAAUAUGCAUAUGUUUUAAAAGAGGGCGGUGUUAUAUACACAAUUACUGAUGUUGAAGAUUUACACAAUUGGAUGGUUCAACAUUUGGACCAACAUCCCUUGUUUGAACGAUUGAGUAAAGAAUGGGAAUCACAAGAUAAGUGUGUUGAGAUAAUGUAUAAUUCUACGGAGGAAGGACAGAAAGUUGAAAGAAACAAAGGCUCGAAAUUUGUUGCUUGUUUUAAGAGGUUGCCCAAUCCAGAUGAUUGUGAAUAG